AUGGGAGGAGAACGCGCGGGGCAUGCUGGGAUGAUGGAGAAUUUCUCUGCUCUCUUCGGAGGGGCCGAGCCGCCAGCUCCCGCCGCGGCUACCGCGCUGGGCUUCGGGCCGGGGAAGCCGGGGGGUCCCGGCGCCGGGCCACCCCCCGCAGCCGCCACCCCCCAGACCGCGGAGGACGCCGCCCGGAAGGCCGCGGCCGCCAGCGGCCCCUUCUACCUGAUGCGGGAGCUACCAGGCAACAUGGAACUGACGGGCAGCACCAACCUGAUCACACACUACAACCUGGAACACUCUUAUAACAAAUUCUGUGGCAAGAAGGUGAAGGAGAAGCUGAGCAACUUCCUGCCUGACCUGCCAGGGAUGAUCGACUUGCCAGGCUCGCAUGACAACAGCAGCCUGCGCUCCCUUAUUGAAAAGCCACCCAUCUGCAGCAGCUCCUUCAACCCCAUCACUGGCACCAUGUUGACUGGCUUCCGCCUGCAUGCUGGGCCGUUGCCAGAACAAUGUCGCUUGAUGCAUAUCCAGCCACCCAAGAAGAAAAAUAAACACAAGCACAAGCAGAGCCGCACCCAGGAUCCUGUUCCCCCAGAUCUGUGGCUCUCUUUGCAGAAACCCCCUCAGACUCCGACCACAAGAAGAAGAAGAAGAAAAAGGAGGAGGAUCCGGAGCGGAAGAGGAAGAAGAAAGAGAAGAAGAAAAAGAAGAACCGGCACAGCCCAGAGCACCCAGGCGUGGGCAGCUCCCAAGCCAGCAGCAGCAGCAGCCUCCGGUGAGGCACUGAAUCUGACCGUGGCACUGGGAUCACUCCAGGGAGACACCCAUCAUCGACUUGCUGAGCGCUGGGGCGAGCGACGCUGGAGGCGACAUUAGGAACUACCCCAGAGCAGCUCGCAGGGGGGAACUGGGCUGCCCCACCGGGGGCCCCAGUGUGUACAGAUAUCCCAGGGCAUCAGCCUGGUGGGAGCACAGACUCAGCUGGAGAGGGGGGCACUGGCUGCUGCCUUUAAGGCUUGCGCAUCCCUUUUAUACCAAAUAAUCCUCUCAGUACCAGAGGCUCUUUUUUUAUUCGCGUUUUAAUUAAAUCUCUGCUUGGAGGAGA